AGCUAAGUUCCAUUUCUGUUUGGGUGAUCACAAUUUAAAGAACUGUGGUGGUUGGUGUUCUUCACACACACAAAAACAGAAGAAGAAACAGGGGAAUUAACUUCUAAAUUAAGGGUCAAAUCUGUUUCACUCCUUGGAUUCUCUACAUUUUAGCUUAGCUUACUAAAGUGCAUAAAAGAGAAAAAGAAUGACUACCUAUGUGUGGUCACGCCUGUCUCCUUUCGUGAGAGCUUUACCUCGUUCGAGUUUGUGUCGCGGUGGAGUCAGACCUUGUGGAUUAGUUGGUCAAAGGAAAGUAUUCAUGUCUUCCUUUGCCACAGCCGAAGUUUGUGACGCACAUCCAUCCCACUUAGCAACCGGUGAUCUCCGAGCCCUGGCUCCCGUGUUCAAGAUUUAUGGGCAAUGUCGAGCUUUCUCGGGCCCUGUAGUCACACUCAAGGUGUUUGAGGACAAUGUAUUGGUUAGAGACCGUCUUGAAAGCAAAGGGGAAGGCAGGGUCCUUGUAAUUGAUGGUGGAGGAAGCAUGAGAUGUGCACUUGUCGGCGGCAACUUAGGUCAGUUAGCUCAAAACAAUGGAUGGGCUGGGAUUGUGGUCAAUGGAUGUAUUCGUGAUGUGGAUGAGAUCAAUGGAUGUGAUAUUGGGGUUCGGGCAUUGGCUUCUCAUCCUCAAAAGUCGAAUAAAAGAGGUGUUGGUGAAAAGAAUGUGCCGGUUCACAUUGGAGGAACCUUGAUACAUGACGGGGAAUGGUUGUAUGCGGAUAGUGAUGGUAUCCUUGUGUCGACAACUGAGUUGUCUUUAUGAGAUGAUUAAUCGGCCAUUUUGUGGUAUUAAAGUUUAGACGUCUAUCAACAUUAUAACCUUUGUUACUUUUAUUUUAUGAAAGUUCUAAUAAAAUUUGAGGAUUCAUGUUGGAAUAA